UUUUUGUUGAAAGUGGAAUAAAUUAUUAUGCAGGCUGAGAGGGGUUCCCAAACUUUUUCAUAUGACUGUAACUGCACAGGGGCCCCUCUCGCUGACUUUCCUGAUAAGGGGAACUUAGAGAACAUACCUAGCUGCACAGGGGCCCCUCACCCCAACUGUCCUGGAAUAGAGAACUUAGAGAACAUACCUAGUUGUGCAGGGGCCCUAAAAUCACAUACCUAGCUGCACUAUGGUAGCUGGAUUAUUGGAGACAAGCAGGGGUGUGAAAUAAUGAACUAAGUUGUGUUUAUGGGAGGUAGGUUUGGGGCAGUGGGUAAGCACAGCAGCAGUGUGUACGGUGCAGCACAAGAGAUGGCCCGGGGUAGCAUAAAUGGUAAAUCCAGCCCUGAGAGGCGACACACAGAGAGAGCAUCUACCAUACAGAUGUCUCUGGGUGGGGGGAGUUUAACUUGGCUGAAAGAAUCAUACAGAGAUAUGUACAGACUGUUUGACACUGCACAGGGAGAGAUAUUUCUAGAGACUGCACCCAGAGAGACUGCUUGUGUUGUGAGAGAGGGCGCAUCUGUUAACUGAUCUAGAAACUGUAUACAGAAAGAGACUGCUCUAGAGACACAAGAAACAAACUGCAUUAGAGACUGGACUUCAGAAAAAAACUUCUCUGUAGACAUGGCAUGACGACUAUUGGUGAGAGAGAAAACAAUGCAGAAGACUGCUGAGCCCAGUUUCAUCAGCAAAUUGUUUCUGUGUCCUCUCACCAGCAAAGGACUACUUUAGAAGCAGUAUACAGCAAGAGACUUCUCUAGAGAAAAGAGACAGCAAGUUACCACUGGUGAGAGAAGACACAGAAAGAGACUGUUGUAAUGAGUGAGUGAGUGCACACAUUGGUCUGUAGUGGAAUAGAGACAUCAGGGAAAGACGCUGGGCUGGAUACACCAACAGGACAAAAAAAGCAAAGAUGUGCGCAUCACGAGCUCCCCUGAGGAGGCGAGCCAGCACCCCAUUACCAUGUGCCCAUCAGAAUCGCCAGCGAGGAUCAACUCCCAUAAGGAAGCUCUACUCACCUUCCAAAGCUUCUGUGAGUGCCCACUGCAGUGGAUCCUUAGACUCAGGGGCCUCAGAUGGGACAAAUGAGGCACAUUUAAGAGUGGUACUGCUUGGAGACCCAGGAGUUGGAAAGACCAGUCUUGUGGCCAUCUUUCAAAGGGAGCAGGAUAAAGAAGCAGCAGAACAGCAGCAAGCAGAAGUGUUUGAGUGCACCCUGAUGGUGGAUGGUGAGGAGACCACCCUGCAGGUAAUGGAUACGGGUGAAUGUGAGAUGAAGAAAGCCAUUGGGAGCAGUGAUAGUCCCAUGCGUCUGGGGAAUGCAUACAUCAUCGUGUACUCGGUCACUGAUAGGGCCAGCUUUGAGAGUGCUUCAGAACUACGCAUACAACUUAGAAGAACUCGUCAGGCUGAAAAUAUUCCAAUAAUCCUUGUUGGAAACAAAACUGACCUUGUCCGCAGCAGAGAGGUUUCUGUGGAAGAAGGUCGCGCGUGCGCUGUGGUGUUUGACUGUAAGUUCAUCGAGACAUCUGCUGUCCUACAGCACAACGUCAAAGAAUUGUUUGAGGGGAUGGUGCGGCAGAUCAGACUACGUAGAGAGGGGGCAGACACAUCUGACAGUUUUCGAUUGAGGAGCCAACGCAAGGAGAGUCUGACCAAGAGGGCGAGAAGGUUUUUGGACCGGCUUGUGACCAGAAACAGUAAGUCAACUUUGAAGGUCCACUCCCGAUCCUGCCAUGACCUGUCUGUGCUCUGACAAACUCCACAGUCAAAAGAUCACCCAGAAUGAGCUCAGACACAGGCUAACUGCCCUUCACAUGGACCAUGGAGAAGAUAAUGGACACUAAUUGGACACUUACAAGUCAACUCCCACCUGCACUGGCUGGACAGCUAGCAUGAAGGAUACUUAUCACUCAUGAACUGAUUAUUUGUGCACUAAUUGAAUCUACAAUAGAUUCUAUAAGAACUGAUAGUUGCACCAAGCCUCCAUGUACAAGAAUUGAAUUGACUCAUUGCUGUAUUUGAAAUGCCAUUCUGCCUGGGGUAGAGUGAAAUGUCUGGUGAAAAGUUCUGCCAUUUCUGACUCGGAGAAUGUAGAAAGUCAGGAAACUCUCCCUCCCCCUACAAGGUUUUAUGGAACUAUGCCGAGCACCCACUAAAUCCAGCACUGAGCAAACAGUGGAAAAUCUGAGCAGAUUGUUUAUGGAGGGAGGCCCAGAGAGGCUACACGGAGAGAUGGGGGGUGGGGGCACAAAUGGAUAAGAAUAAACCUUGUGAUCAUUUUACUGCUCUUUGGUAAUGAGAUAUAAUGGCCUCAUCCUCUUUUUCUCACAACAACACCCAACUGACUCUUGCUGUAAAGCAUUCACCCUGGUACUGUCUGUCACCCCACUGAAGAAAUAUAUUGGCCUCACCCUCUUCCACACCUACACCCAACCAUGUCUUACACUGCCUGCUGGGAGGCAUCCCCCAACUCACUGCAUUUCAAGGAGAUCAGGAGUCACAAUGUUGUAUCCUCCGUCUCACCCUACUCUGGGUACUCUAUUAUCAUUGUGAUUAACUGGGACACGCCAUGGCAAUAUAUAGAUACCCCAAAACAUUUGCUUGGAUUGGGUUGCAGACAUGAAAUUCACUGACUCAGUACUGUGUUGUUCCCACUGUCAGCAGAUUAAUGUUUCCCCACUAACGCCAGUACAGUUAGUUACUAUGUCUCCCUGUUACAGUAUCUGGUGCCCCUCCCAUAGUGCUGGGUGUCAGGGGGUCUGGGUUUCAUCUCAGUGUUUAAUGACCCACAGCCUCCGGAUAAAUACAGCCAGUUGUCAGACUCUGCUAUUGAUCCCCAGGGACACAGCAAGGAGAUUUGGAGCCUGGGGCCCGUGUGCACCUCCCCCUAACAGUCUAAUUGUGUCUGUAUACUGUGCCUCACUACUAUACCCCUCAUCUUUCCCCUAGCCCCAAUCACUGUCACACUGUAACCCCUAUAUCAUAUAUGCACAUAAUGUAACUGUAUAACAGAUAUACCCCCAUCUGUCCUCUGUCACCCCCAUAUCAUAUAUACAAUGUAAGUGUAUAAUAUAUAUAUUAUUUUGACAAAUAAAACAUCAAACAAUU